AUGCCAGAUAUCACAGCUCCAAACUCACAGUUGGAGCUGUUACCAAAUGCUACGCGUAGCCCGAUACUCGGUACUGAUACUAGUGGACGCCACACUAGCACUAUCGUCAACGAUGGCACCACUACUAAACAUCUUCUAACCAAAGCGCUGAUCACCACCAAGGGCUGGACCUUUACGGAGUUGGUCAAGAAGGCGCCUAACUUCCGUCCAGUGGACAGAGUCCAUUUUGAAGAUCCCACGUUGACACAGACGAUUCGGAUGCACGAGGAUUCUGGUAACCCCUUGAUCAUCGAAGGGUUUCACGAACACGAGAGUUGGCCCGCUGAUCUAUUCACCUUGGAUUGGCUCAGAGAGCAUGGGAAACAAGGGGCGUCCGUCCGUAACGUACACAACUGGGCUGAUUUCGACUUGCCCCUUUCCGAACUCAUUCAUAAACUUCGUGCGACCCCAAGAUACGCUAGCGAACAUGAAACCGAGCGAUUGUAUGGCAAAGAUGCGGAAUGCCCGCAUGAGUGGGCAUCUUGGUUGUCAACUUCUGGCGUCCUUCCAAGUGAUCUCCUGCCUCACAGAACUAAUGAUUACCUCAAGUACCUUCCGAACGAUGUGCAGACUUUGAUGUGCUACCUCGGAGUAGGGGACACCUUUACACCUUUCCAUAAGGACCUCUGCGCCUCUUCCGGUCAGAAUUUAAUGUGUUAUACCGAGAAUGGCGGAUCGUCUUUCUGGUUCAUGACAGAGAGUUCAGCUGCACCAGGCAUGGCUGAAUUUUUCCACAAGAUAAAUGAGGAAUUGGACUUUGAGACACAUGUCGUGACCCUGAGAGAGUUGGGGCAGUCGAGGCUUAACAUCUACAUUGCGGAACAGCAGCUCGGCGAUUUGGUGCUUGUUCCCCCAAGAAGCUGUCACCAAGUCAUCAACAACGGUGGCAUCACGAUGAAAACAUCCUGGUCGCGGAUGACUCUCAGAGGCUUGACGAAUUCUCUCUAUCAUGAACUUCCCGUAUAUCAUCGCGUAUGCCGACCGGAGACGUACAAGGUCAAAUUGAAUAUAUAUCGCGCCCUUCACCGCCAGACACAGAGACUUCAGGAACUUCGAGAACAGCAGACAGGUUCUCCUCAUCCUGACCGGUCAUCGUCCACUAUAAACUCGAGUCUUGAGGGAGUCGCUCAUGAACUCCACCACUUACUUGAGUUGCUCGAUGAUGUCCUCGGGGAAGAAUACUCACCAAAGCACCAAGACAUGCCGCAUGUUUCGCAAUCCGAUACGUCCCUUCAAAACAACAUCACUUGCGACUUUUGCGGCGCAGACAUCUUCCAGAGUUUCUUUGAAUGCAUAUCAUGUGCUCCUCAUUCACUUGUAGUCCAUGAAGAGAUGAGGAUUGGAGAUGGUAUUGUGGUUUGUCCGCUUUGUUACGUUGAGGGUCGGGGUUGCAACUGCGGGACUAUGAAUCCAACCCAGUGCCGGCCUUUUGGCGAUCUGCUACGAUCGCGUGAUGAGGCCCUGCGCACCAUUCGGGCAGUAUGUCCUGACAUCGUAAAGGACUUCCAGUCUCUCCUGAAGCAUCCAAGGUAG